AAUGGGAUCGUUACUGUUUUUGCCAAUAACUCUGACUGUCUUCUUCUGGCAAUUUGGACAAGUAUAAAAGCACAGGUGAUGCGAUCUGUCAAUCAGUUUCAAGUGAGCCCUAUUCUGCCAUGAGCACCAAAUUGGUUCUCUGCCUAUGCCUGGCACUCUUCGGAGCCCUAGCCACGGCCCGUCCUGAUGUGGAUACCGUCGAUCCAACUGCCGAGCUGGAGAACAGCCAGGAGCAGGAGCUGAACAGCGUGGAGGACAGUGACGCCCAGGCAGAUCCUUCGACCUGGCGCAAGCUAUUGGGCGAUGGCAGCACCGGAAACCUGGUGAUCACGUUCCCCUCGACCACCACCACCACCAAGAAGCCCAAGACCACCAAGCGUCCCUACCACCCCUAUCCACCCAAGUACCCGUCGUACCAGUAUUCGCCGUAUCCAUACCCAUACUUUUACCCCGGGGGAUACUAUCCUCCACCACCCCCGUAUCCCUAUCCCUGGACUCCAGGUCACGGAGGUCCUGGCGGACCGGGAGGACAUCCUCCUAAACACACCACCACCACCACCACUACCACGACCACCACCACACGGAAGCCGACUCAUCACCCUGGACACCCCGGAGGUGGACACCCUGAACACCCAGGACACCCUGGACAUGGUAACCACCCGUACCCACCUCCAUAUCCUCCUCCGUACCCCUUUCCGUACCCACCACCUCCUCCACCACCACCAAGCGACGACUCUGGGGAGAGCUCCGGGGAGACCACCACUCCCAGCAAGUGCAAAAACAUCCUAGGCUUGGGAUGGCUUUGCGCCAACUAAAGCUCAUAACUUAUUUUAUUUAAUUGUAAUUUAU